CUGCUCGUCGGCCACGGCCUCGGACUGCCGUCGCCGACGCCCGACCCCGCCGCCGACCGGUCCGGCUGGCCCGACCUGUGGGGCGUGCUGCGCGCCAUCCGCGACACCACGGCCGUCUCCAGGAUCAGCAGGAGCAACCUCACGGACGCCGUGAGCAAGAAUGAAACGACCUCGGAAGCAACGCCGUCACGGACACCGACUCUCGGCCAGGUCACCAAGCAGGUCUCGGACAGGAUUGGCAACAUGUUCCAGUCCGUGCGCUCCAGCCUGUGGCAGCUGACGGGCAGCGCGGGGGCCUCCUCGACGACCACCACGACGGUGGCCCCGGAUCUGGAGGCCGGCGCGUCCUCCGACGUGCUGGGCAAGGAGGCCGCCGACAAGAGCGAGCCGCUGGACGCGGCGCCGGCCAAGGAGCAGAAGGAGGCGCCCAGCUUCGUGAGCACGGCCCUCGAGCGCGUCCGCGGCGCGGGCAGGACGUUCAGCGAGAUGGGCAAGGCGGUGGGCCGCUGGGGCAAGGCCAUGGCGGACAGCGUGGUCGGCUCCACCGUCAACUCGGCCGUCGGCACCGUGCUGCAGGUGUUCAAGGGCGGCAAGCAGGACGACGACGCCGACCACGUGUGCUUCCCCGAGCUGGGCUGCUUCAGCCUGCUGGAGCCCUGGUCGUCCUCCAAGCGGCCGCUGCCGCGCAUGAACGCCCCCGAGGAGGUGCAGACGAGGUUCUUCCUGUACACCAGGAACACGUCGUCCGCCGAGCCCAUCGCGCUGGCCGUCACCAACAACGACACGGUCGCCAACGCCACCGCCCUUCUCCAGGAUGUCAGGACCUUCUUCGUGGUGCACGGCUUCAACGACAAAACCACAAACGCCUGGGUUCAAGACCUCAAGGACGCCCUCCUGGAGCGGAUGGAGUCCAACGUGGUCCUGGUGGACUGGGCGUCCGGGGCGCAGGCCUCUCGGAACUACCUCCAGGCAGCCUCCAACACCAGAGUCGUCGGCGCCGAGCUGGCCAGGUUGGCGGAGUCGCUCGCCGAGCAGGACGUGGUCCCCAUGGACACCAUGCACGUCAUCGGCCACAGCCUGGGCGCGCACGCGGCCGGGUACGCCGGCAAGCAGCUCAACGGCCGCCUGGGCAGGAUCACCGCGCUGGACGCGGCCCAGCCCGCCUUCGAGGACCAGGCCGCCGAGGUGCGCGUGGCCGCCGGGGACGCCGUCUUCGUGGACGUGGUGCACACCAACGGCGUGCCCUUCAUCCCUACGCUCGGCCUGGGCGUCAUGCACCCCUUCGGCGACGUCGACUUCUACCUGAACGGGGGCACGGUACAGCCGGGCUGCUUCGUGCCCAAGCUGCCCCCGAUGCAGUCCCUGAUGGACCUGGCCGCGCUUCCCGUCAGCGUGCUGGGCGACAUGCUGUCCUGCUCGCACCGCCGCGCCAUCGAGUACUUCACGGAGGCCGUGCGCAGCGACUGCCUGAUGUGGGGCCGCCGCCGCGACGAGGACGCCCUGGAUGCGGACAGGAGCGACAAGAGGCCCGCCGCCAGCGAGGCCGCCACGCCGUCCACCCGGCCGCGCCAGGGCCCGUGGUGGUCGCCGGCAGGGGGGCUGGGCGGGCUGCUGGCGGGGGUGUUCGGGGACAAGCCGGCGCCCACCACCGAGGCGCCCAGCACGGCCAGCGCGGGGAGCGCCUUCUCCUUCCCGCUGCCCAGCUUCCUCGCCAGCGUCUUCUCCUCGGAGGGGCGUCGCGGUGGCGGCGCGGCCAACAAGAGCGCCGCCGUCAAGGACAAGAGCGUGAGCAAGGACGCCGUCAAGGACCGCGAGAAGGCCGCCGACGUCCGGCCCAUCGACGGCAACGGCAUCGACAAGACCGGGGACUUCCCGGCCAGUGCCCCGGAUGACUCGAUCACCUCUGACUCGUCUCCAGUGGCGGCGCACUCCAAGAGGUCACCGCUGGCGGCCGCGCCGUCGGCGUGGUGCCAGAGCGAGGACUGCCUGCCGCUCGGCCUGGACGCCGACCUGUACAACCUCAAGGGGACCUUCACCGUGCUCACGGCCGACCACGCUCCCUACUGCCUUUCAGGAACAGACGUCAAGGAGGCCGAGUGAGUCGACUUGACACGGUCGCGCCGCGUCGAGUGCCCCUUCGAGUGUAGUGUCUGAACAGUCUGCAUCGCGGCGACGGGAGAAAGGUGUGACGAGGAGCAUUACGUUGAUCUCUGUUCUAAGACGAAAUACUGACGUGAAGCAAUUCCAGCAGACUUGUGGACGCGUUUGCACAGUUCCUAUACGUCGGACGGACGCGGAGCCUGCUGCCCGCCGCUCGGCAUUCUGCUCGAAAAAUAAUUAUUAUUGUCUAAACGGCAAAAACCUAUCUGUGAUCAGCCGGGAACGUGCAUUUAUUACUAAUUUAGACAUUGCGUUUCCUGCGAGAAACGAUCGCCUUCAUCAUCAUGACACGCAUGAGCUCUCUGAGUGCAUUUCCGCAUUUCCCGGACGAUUGUUUUUUCCGAUCGAAGAAACUGUUCCGUUCUAGGGACGUGCGCUGCUGCGCUGCUUCGCCCUGUUAUUGUUUUCCCCACAUACAUGUUAAAUGGUUGUGAUUUGUUAAGAAUAAAAAUUGAUAUUUUCA